GUCGUUUGUUUCUAGAUGGAGCGAACGUGUCUCGCGCGUCUCGAUCUUGCAAUGAAUUUGAAAAAAGAGCUCAAUAUUUAUUUUGUUUAGUUAUACGUACCGAGCAUAAUUGUAACUAAAACGUAAGCAACGUCAAGAAAUUAUUGUUGUGCACAAAUUGCUGAUAAAUUUAGAAGAAAAACAAGAUACCAAAUACGCGCGGUCACUACCAGUCUUCGCAUGCGUGAGUGUUUGUGAGUUGUUAAAGACUCGAAUUGCCGCUUUGCAACACUGGGCUGCAAUGCAAACAAAAUGAACGGCAAAGAACAAUCAGCUGGUCGGGAAUUCAAGCGCAAUUCAAAUGCCUACGCCAGUUUACCAGCGACAACAAAAACAACAAUAAAAGAGAAACGAAAAGAGUCACUAAGAGAACCAGAAUGCUAUGGACUCUCGCACAGUUUGUCCAGUGAAUCGAUAAAGCAAGCCUGCGACUAUUACGACGACGAGCCAAGCGAUGAAGACCUGAUUGAAAUACAUCAAACGCCACAGGGCUUUCAUCAUCAUCCUCGUCAGCAGCAGCAGCUUCAAGCACAGCAGCAACAACAUCCGCUUAGCUUUAGCAUGCCGCUGGCUGAUGACGGUGAACGUAAUGCCUUGUGUGACGUCAGCCAAGAGGCUCCAUUGAGCACACCCAUCAAACCGUCGGCUACUGUGCCGGAUGAGGCGCUCAGUGUGCUGAAUGAGCUGGAUGCCAUAUUGGAUGUGCAUGGCGCAUCGCCGCUCAACGGCAGCAACCGCAUCUCUUCCUGCGGCACCAGUAGCGCUUCCUCGUCUUCCUCCGACGAUGAUAAAGUUGAGGAUUAUUUAAUGGACUUGGAUAAUUAUCUCGAGGAACUAGAUAAAGAGGAUCCAUUGGCCAUUGUUGGCCAUCCAAGCCUAAGCCGCGAGCCACGCACACGCACGCUGCCGCUAAGUCGGAAGCGAAAACAGCACAAACAGUCCGAUGAGGAAGUGCAUCCAGCCUUGGACAGCGAGUUCCAGCGUGGUCAUCAGAUGCGCAAAACCUUCAGUUGUGGUUUAACGCCAACGGGCAUUAAAGCCACAUCGAAUACAUCACUAGAAGCAGGCAACGCUUCAGUUGCCCAGAUAGAUGUUUGGCGUCGCCAGUCAAUGCGACGAGCCAUUGAGAAUGACGACGCCGAAGCCAAAGCCGAGAAUGUGGAUGCGAACGCGAGUGCGGAAGAGGAUGAUGAGCAGCCUCCCACUCUGCUAGUGACUCUGCCAAGUCAGGCGACAACGUCGGCGGCAUCGUCGACAUCGGAGAUGCGCCGCAGUUUCUCGCAGCCGGAAUCGUUGCCACAGCGUGAAGGAAGCGCUCUUCAGAUGCUGACGGAGGCGCACAUCUUUGACAAUCUGCUGCAGAACGAGCAGCGGACGGCGCGUGCGGUCAGCGAGCAACUGGAGCAGCGACCACGCCAGUAUGGGCGACGCUUUGAGGGACAUCCGUCCAUGAGUCCCGCUCGCAACAUGGGCCUCGUGUCGCCUUUGAGCCGUCCACAGAGCGCACCGGCGCAAGCACAACGUCGAGAGGCGGCGGCAGUGGCGGCGGAGACGCCAACGCAUGCCAUGAUGUCGCCGCUCUGCUCGGAAAUGAGCUCGGCACGUUCAUCACGCAUCCCCAGCCCCGUUUCGCUGGUGAGCAGUGGCAGCGGCAGCAGCAGCGACAGCUCUACGGUCAGCACAGGACCCGAACAGGAUCAGUUGGAACUUGGUGGACAAACGCAGACGACAAUCUGCAGUGCCAGCAGCGGCGGCAGCAGCACAACGCCACUGGAGCCGCAACUGUUGCGGGAGAAGUGCGGAUUCAAUAGUCAAUGGCCUCAUGCAGCAAGUCGCACCUUAGCGCUGAUGGGCUGCACUCUGGGCGUGUUUAACUUGUGCCGCUUUGCGGUGCUGACCAUCAACUAUGGUGGCAACUUUCUGCUGCAGUUCCUUCUGCUCUCGGUCAUCUUUGGCAUACCGCUCUUUUGGCUACAGAUGUGCUUGGGAGCCAAGAUCAAAUCGGGCCCCGUCUCGAUGUGGAAGAUUAGUCCAAUUUGCAGUGGCGUUGGCAUUGCUCUGGUCAUGGUGCAAUGCUUCUUGGCCAUCUACUCGACGGUGGCGGUUGGCUGGAUUCUUAUCUAUCUGCGCGAUGUUUUCCCAACGCCAUCGCGCAGCGUCUAUCGCUGGCAGGAGCUGGCCUUUCCCUAUCGCUACGAUGCCGUCAAUGAUACGGGGAAUCUCACGCACACGGUUGCCGAAUACUUUAAUAUUGUGGUACUACAACGCCUGCAUCUGGCCAAGCAUCCAGACGCCACCGGCGGCCGCUUCCAUGUUAAUGAUCGGCAGUUGGCGUUCUACUUGGCCCUCAUCUGGGCGGCAGUCUUCUUGAUACUCUGCAAAGGCCUCAAGUCCCUGGGAAAAUUGGCGUUUCUCAUUAAUACGUUGCCAUUGAUUGCGCUUCUCGUUGUAACUGGCAAAUUUGUGAGCAUCGUGGAUCCGGCUAUUCUACAGGACGUGUUUGGCUCCAGUGAUUUUGAUGACUUUCUGGUGAACUCGAACACAUGGACAGCGGCCACACAGGAGACGUUCCUCACUUGGGGCCUUCUUGGUGCCUCGGUGAUAGACAUAACCAGUCGCACGCAUGCCAAUGCCAGCAAAACGACGCUGCGACGAGAUGCCAUUCUGAUGGUUCUGCUAACGCUGCUGGGCCUCGGCUUGGCUGCUCUGCUGGCGCUGUGCUGUGCUCAGAUCUUGCGACAACACGGCUACGUUUAUGUGCCGGGAUCGUUUGAACGUCCAGAUUGUUAUACGUCCGUGUACUCGCUGCAAGCUCAAACGAAUCCACAACUUCUCUCCUAUCCACGUUCACUUGUGCCGCACUAUUCAUCGUUUUUGGGCGAAACGUAUCGGAGAAACAAGACCAUAUUGCACAUCGAGAGUGGUUUUCAGGCGCUGCGCUUCAUUACGGAACUCUUUCCUGCCGUGCUCUCGCUCUCCAGCGAUGCCAUCUCAUGGGUUUGGGCUGCCGUCGCCUUUGCCAUGUUUGCUGGUUUUGGCCUCGCACAAUUGUGCGUCAUGUGGAAGCCCAUUUCGAGUGCGAUGGGCAAUUCGACCAGCUCCGUGCUGUUGAGCUGUGUCACUGGACUGCUGUUGAGCAUUCCAUUUGCCACGGAUAUGGGCAUUUCCAUAUUGUAUUAUGUGGACUUUUUGCUUGGCGGCUCCUGGUUUAUACCCAUCAUUUGGGCAGCUCAAAUCUUCGGUGUAUUCCUCAUUCGCGGACGACCUUAUAAUGGCGAUGAUUUGGUCAACGAUCUGCGCAUGUGUGGCUCAAUGUCUGCGUUUCUGGCGCUCUCCUGGAACGUGCUAUUGCCCAUUGGAUUGAUAACACUCUCGGUGAUUGACUACAAAGCAUCGCUCUCCAAUCAAUUCUAUUACUGGCGCGGCAAGUCAUACUUUAGCUAUGCCAGCCGCAAAACGGGUAGUCUCAUACAAAUUGGCAUUGUGCUCAUUAUUCCCGUCACGGCCAUCAUACAGAUCUAUCGCUAUUUGACACAAGGUCCACCCGACAUAUUAGAGCGCAUUCAGCUGUUGUAUCGCCCCCAGGAAGAGGGGAGUGCACCGCGACGUCCUUCGGCGCGUCAGAGAUCAGCGCAGGAGCGACGAAACGCCACAAGCCAACAGCAGGAGAGUGGCCAUCAACAAGCUCAGAAUGAUGCACCGCCCAAGUACACGCCUCCGCCAUCCUAUACAACUGCAACUGGCGCUCGCUUAGCCAAACUACUGCGCCAGAGCAUACGUCGCAGCGUGCGCAGAGUUCUUGGCGAUUCAUCGAGUCGAACACGACCAAUUCUCUCGUUGGAUGCCGAGUCACCUUCGCCAGUGGCACCGCCCGAUUAUCUCACCAUACUGACUAAUCCCUCUGGCUCUGGUUCUGGAUCUGGUGUGAAUGCAGCUUCAUCCGGAGGCAGUAGCAGUCCAGAGUCAAUUGAGAUUGGCCAACGGCCAGCUGGCUAUGCACAGCGUUCACAGUCACUAGGUCGCAAAUUGCAGCGACCCACGUCGGCAUCUGGAUCAGCCAACUCGGGUGCCUCAGCCACAUUGGAGCGUGGCAGUUGUGGACCACAGCAGCAACGCCCAUACACGGCUGAGGAUGUGGUUACCAUACUGCGUUCCUCGGUGCGUCAUCGACCGCAACCGCGACAAGCCGUUGGCAUGGCCACAACUCUACCACGUCCGCCAGCCAUGUCCACACACUUGGAAGAUGCCUCGUUCCGCUCGAUUGAGAAUCUGGUCUUGAAUGCCGAACCGCCGGAUCAGACGCCCGGUGUGGGUAGUGCGGAUGGAGGAGGAGAACAAGAGCAGUGUGGUCAAAACAAUAAUAAUACAUCUGUGAUUUAAUGACUAAAAUAUCGUACACAUAACGUAAUUCUAUUAAUGAUCACAUAUCUGCUUGCUUUCUUAGACUUGAUUAUCGCUAGUUAUAUACGAAUAUUACUUUUUAGCUUAUACCUAUAUACCGAAUAAUAUGUAAUAAUAAACAACUAUGUAAUUAGUAUUUGACAACAACAAUAACUCUUGUUUAGUAAUCGAUUUCUGAUUAGACACACGAUCUUUAGUAAUGCAUUUCUGAUUUGAUUUUUAAACAACCCUCAAUAAUAUUUCAUACUUAAAAUCCUAAUGCUGACAUCUCAUCGUUUCCCUUAAAGCUGUAGAUCGAAAGACAUGGGUACAACGGAUGGUUAAGCACAAUAGGCAGGAGCAGACUACGUGCCAGGGAGUUAAGUACGUCACUUUUGCGCAGUCUGACCAAAAAUUUAAGCCGAUUAAUAAACGUGACCAGUCAACUUUAGAAAUGGAAGCGGAAGCAGCCCUACAACAACAAUAAAGGAAGCAACGCAGUACAAAACGAGAUUGCUCCAUUGAGGUUCACAUUUUUGCAGGCGUGCUGCGUACUUUUGAAUUUACCUAUAUUUUGUUAUUAUUUUCGUCUUGAAUACGGUGCAUAUUUUUUGGUGCAGACUGCUAAUCUGCGACAUUUUCAAAUUGGCACGUACGCGCUGCUCUCAAACAAUAAGAGUUGCCAGUCAGUGCGGAAUAAAAAAAAAUAUUGCCAAUGACAGGAUUGAAAUGCUGAAACCAAACUACAUAAUGUUUGAUAUUGUAUAUUAUAGGAAAAAAAUAUCAAUAAAUAAAUACCUCAUUUAUUGUAUUGGGUAUUAUUUUGAAUAAUUUCUAUUCUCCAAUAUGGAAAUGUUUCUUUUCGUUGUGAAUGCCAACAAUAUUUGUGAGUUAGCAGACCAAUUUAAUUUGUACAUUGCCAUAUGAGCACAACACGUUCAAAUCAUGUUAGGUAUCUGUUAAUUUCAUGUUUACAGAGCGACGACAGCAGCCUAACAUGUUUUGCGCGCGUUUAUCAAUCGCGACACGCGUUUUGCUGGCGACUUUUCGUUACGUUAACAGAAUCUGUUAAGCAUAAUAUAAAAUUACACAGCAUCUGUUAAUUUCUUGUUAUUGUGGAAUUUGUCUUCGAGGCUUACGGUUGGAUUUGACGGUUGCGUGCGUUUUUGAACUACGGAGUUCAAGUACAGAAAAUCGGAAAAGUAGUGAUUGAAACCAAAAGAGAAAAAAAUAAAUAAAAUCAAAACUCUACUAAACAAACGGGAUAAUAGAGAAUUAUUUUUUGUAUUGUAAAUGCAGUUGUCUGUGCACAAUCAACUCGUUCAAAGCAUUCCACAUUUAAUUGAGGGGCGCGCGCGUUUUCCAAACAAUUAAUCUAAGCAUUCUAACUAAGUUUUGUAGCAGUGCAAAAGUUUUCUUGGCUGUUGCCGCAAAACAGCAGCCGCUAACAACAACAACAACGACACCAACGCCGCCGUCGCCAUCAAAAAAGUGCUCAAACAAGAUUUCCACUUGAAAUUCCUGAAUUUCGUUUGCGACGCGCAGCGCAACAUAAAAAGAAGCCAAGGAAAUAAAUCGUAAUAUAAAAGCGCAAUACAAAUAAUACAAAAAAAGUUUGCCGAAAUCAUCCAAUUGAAAGUGUUAAUAAUAAUAGUGUGUUACUGUAUAAGUGUUAGUGAUAGCAUUUUGUUCAGUUUAAAAGGAGUUUUGGAUUAGCGGCGCCCUUAUUUACAUUGCUGAGCCUGACUGAACGUUGUUGAUAACCGACAGCAAGAGCUUUUAGUCGAGUUGGUCCAAAAUUUUCAUAUUUUGGUUGGACUUAUAUGUGCGCAGCAGGUCACAGGCUUACGGCGCUGCUGAUGAUGUUCAUGACGAUGAUGAAGUUGCUGGCGAGGCGAGUCUAACUGCUGACAGCAAAGUGCCAGUGCAGUGCAGUGUCAGCGUUGCGUCGACGUGCGUAUCUCAAAGAUACAAAUAGAAGAAGCCCAUUUCCGUCUGGUGGUCGCCUACCUAACGAAAGUGGACUGGCUACCUACACACAACACAAUACAUCGCUCUCGUCGUUGCACUUCUCUCGCCUCUACUCGCUACUCACUACUCGUCACUUUUCACUCGUUGCUCUCUCUCUGGCGUGCUCUUUUACUGUCCAGCUGCUAUCAGUUGUACCGUGGCGCGCGGUCGCGACGGGCUGCAAGAAAAGAACGAAAAUAAAGUGAGUGCGGGACGCGCGCGGUGAACAAGAAGCCGAAAGAACAUCGACAACAACAA